UAGUGCAUUACUACACUCUCACACUGACACUGGCCACAGUCUCUGUGCGCUCGCCAGUGGACCAACACUACCUCUAGUUUAUAAACUUUUACAACGUUGAACGGGGUAAACAUUUGUCAACACACUCAAGAGUCUCAAGUUUAAAAGUAAAUAUUUUUUCGGCGAGAGUGAAGUGUAAAUAGAGAGAUUUAUGAGUUAUGACACAAGGUGUGCCUUAGCUACAUGUGCAGUGCUGGUGCGAAGGAUAUUGUGAGUGACGUCCACCGACGAUAAAGGACAUUUUUAAGCCAAUCUAACGUUGACUGAACGAGCUGAGAGCUGCGGGUACCAAUUAGUCUCCAGUCAGUGUGCCCCACUCGCCACCAGUUAAAGUGGCCCUCUUUACCACCACAUCAGAUGCAAUUUGAAUCCUGUCGCAGACUUCUCACGAUCAUUCAAGAGUUACAAAAGUACGAUUUUAGGUCUUUUCCAAAGAGAGAGGCGCGUUUGUUUGUCACGGUAUAAACUAUAUCAAACAUUCCCUUUUGUAAAAACGACAAAUUGAUUCUUCCAACACAGUAGUGUGAACCAUUGACUGCAUGCUCUCAGUGACAUAAGACAGUCACAAGGCUACCGCUGGAACAUAGCUUCUCUUUCAAGCCUCGCAGCAACAGAACAACACAUCAGUUGUUGCUUGUCGCAUCUGAUUCUUAGGAGUUUAGGGCUUCUUGAGGAGUGAAUCCCUCCUGACGCCCCAGGAAGAAGUGUAUUACUCCGGCAUGGCUGUGGCAUUGACCCACGCUACUGCCAGCUAGGGACCUCUUUACAGCUGGUUCUCCCAACAGACACUCUCAGUGGCCCGGCUGACUCAUCCUCCACCCGCAGUGCCCUGUUCUUUCACACAAGACUAACUCUCACCCCCAACACUAGUCUUUGAUCCACCAGAAGCAAGCAUUUCCCCUCCCUCCCUUGUUCCCCAGAAGAGCCACCGCUUCUGGUACCUCUUACUUCAGAGAGGCAGGACCUUACACAUAAGACCAGAGGUGUCUUCGAGGCACUAUAUCCUCAAGACACAUCGUCAUUAUCAUCAAGGCACUCUUCGAUAUCCUCAAGAAAUUCACUGAGGACACAGCAGGAACAAGGAAGCAGGUCGAGACGCAGUCCCUUCCCACUCCUGUCUAACUUGCUGGAGGGUAGGUAAACCAUCUCUCUCUUCAUGGCUGCUACCUCUGUCACCCCCAGCACUACCUUCACCAUGCAGCACCGACUGCUGUCUACCCUGCGACUACGAAGUGCCAUCUGUCUCCUACUGGGAAUCUUUCUGCAGAUGUCUCCAGUCAAGUGUUUCAACCUGGAGACGCGGGAGUCCCAGGUGUUCACAUAUCCGUAUAUGAGCACACAAGGCCGUGAAUCUUUCGGGUUCUCCGUUGCUCUACUGCGCCGCACAAACACCACAUCCUGGUUAGUGGUGGGAGCACCUCGAGCAAAUUCCAGCCACUACAACCCAGAGAGAUUCUUUGAGCCCGGGGUUGUCUUCAAGUGCAGCCUCCUAGACCAGACAUGCACUGAACUCUUCAUUGAUCCAACAGCAAAUAAUUUAACUCAAAACCAACACAACGAAUUUACGUACCAAGACUUCAAGAAUGAAGGGUGGCUGGGGGCUACUUUGGAUUCCCAGCCUCAGUUUCGCCAGGGACGUCAGGCUACUGGGGUGUGCGCCCCAAGAUGGAGGAACCAGUAUUACUUGAAGACUUACCUAAUGAAUGGCGCUUGCUACUGGCUCUCACAAGACCUUCCUGAUGCCCCAGCACAAAAGCGAGUCCCGCUCAUACAGUUCUCAAAACAGACAUUCUACAUUGGUGAUCGUGCCCUAUUUUAUUACUCACAUGGUGAAGCUGGAAUGUCAUUGCACUUUACUGACGAUCCUACAGAGAUGAUCAUUGGAGCUCCAGGCGUCUUUAACUGGAAAGGUACAGUAAUUCGUUACAAAGAUGUUGAGCCUCCAGUCCCAGGAGAGAUCUCCAAGCGUCGUCGCCGCCGCCAAGCUCUAAUAAGCGAGAGUCAGAUGUUCACCAGUCAGUUUGUGCCUAACCCUUACUUCACUGCACAUAUUGGAGAUUUUGAUCUCAUGGGUUAUGCUGUUACAUCAGGAAGGUUCAUAUCCGAGGAUACUAUACUUUACGCUGGUGGAGCACCGCGUGGCGCUCUUUCUCAUGGCAAGGUUCUUAUCUUCGCUUUCCCUGACCAUGAAUCUCAAAGCUUGUUUGUGAUAGCAGAGUGGCAGGGCACACAGCUAGGAGAGAACUUUGGAGCAGCACUUGCUGCUGCUGACAUAAAUGGUGAUGGACUUAGUGAUCUGGUGGUGGGCUCCCCAAUGUACUCCCUACCAGAUAUUCCUGAUAUGGGUAAAAUUCAGGUCUAUCUCAGCAGUAGGAAUCAAGUACCAGAGUUAUUAAACAUUGGCUACUUUGGAUCCCAAACCCGCAAUGCCAGGUUUGGCACCACCCUGGCUUCUCCUGGUGACCUUAAUGCUGAUGGCUUCCAAGAUGUGGUAGUGGGAGCACCAUGGGAGGGAGAUGGUGCAGUGUAUGUUUACAUGGGCUCUGCUGGUGGGCUGAGGCAAAAGUAUUCACAAAGAAUUACUCCAGAGACUUUCCCAGACCAGCUCUCAGGAUUUGGUAUGGCUUUGUCUCGAGGAAUUGACAUUGACAACAAUGACUAUCCAGAUUUGGCGAUUGGCAGUUUUAUAUCUGGCCACGUCGUUGUGAUAAAGACUCGUCCAGUGGCAACCCUCACAGGCUACCUGACUGCCUCACCACCUACUAUAUCCCUGAAAGACAAGGCCUUCCAGCUCUCAGCAUGUAUCGAAUAUAAAGGCUAUAAAGUUCCAAGGCAUUUCUCUAUCCAGGGUAACAUAUCUCUUGAUUAUGGAUUUCUGCCUCCACGAGCUUUCUUCACAGAUACCAGUGCCUAUACCCAAGUGUUUGAUAGCUCCAUCACCUAUGGACAAGCUGUGUGUAAACAAUAUGCAGUUACAGUCAAGGAAGAUAAAAUAGAUGGACGUGAGCCCCUGUUGCUGAAGAUGGAAUAUCAGCUGCCUGAGUUACAAGGAAUGCCAAUAAUUUCACAACCCAAGAUUGAUCCAGACCUAUCAUCGACCACCACAUCCAGAGUAAGCAUAGUGACAGGGUGUGAAGUGGAUGGAGAUGAUACGUGUCGAGUAGAUAUGCAUGUAUACACAGAGUUCCUAAAGUAUAGAAGUGGAAAAAAAUUAGUGAUUGGAGAUGAUAACAAGCCAGUAUUAAAAAUAAACAUCACCAAUACGGGAGAGCCAGUAUUUCUUCCUAAUUUGACUGUGAAAGUAGUUCCACCUCUUGCACUUUUCUUGCCUCCAUCACAUGAUUGUGAAUUUCCAAGAGGAAAUCGCACGUCUCUUUUGUGCCGCCUCACCAACCCCAUUGAUAAAGAUAAACAGGACACAGUGGAGGUGCAGGUAGACGCAAGUCAGCUGACGGAUAAAUCUCAUGAUGCAGUUUUGGACGUGCUGGUGUCAGGGGAGGGACAAGAAGUUCGUCCUAAAGAUAAUAUAUUCAAGCAGGGACUCCAGCUUGCAGUCCAUGCGAGCUUGAUACUACACGGAUCAUCGAAAGAGGAACAAGUCUUAUAUGAGCGUCUUGAGGAGGAUAAGAUUAACACGACAAGUAUUCCGACUUUCAUUCAUCUUUUCAGUCUGGAGAAAAAAGGCCCUACACCUCUGGAGCAAGUGGAGAUUGUAAUUGACAUUCCAGUGAAUUUCACAAAGGAUGAGAACUUUGUUAAGAUAUAUGCCCCGAAGGCUACUUUUAUGGGUCAGCCAAUCUUAUGCAACUUAACUGGUGCUUCAUUUGCUGUUAGUACUACAAGUAAUGCUGAUAAUAGCAAUGCUAUUGUUCCACUGAGUACCAAUCGCACAGAAAGCCUGACUACCACUCCAAUUCCUCGUGAGCCUCAGUUCGUUAAGGAUUCUGUUGUCAGCGACACAGUUGCAGCAAUAGCAACUACACAAAACUUAAACUGCUCAAAUAGUAAAAUCAGAUGUGCUCGGCUUCAGUGUCAUGUGAAUUCCUGGCCAGGGGACACUAGCAACUCUGCAGUCUUCCCUUUAAAAUUAGAAAUUAAUCUUGCUGUUUUAGCUCGCCACAUCUCAGCAAGAGCAGGAGCAGUAUUGCAGAGUACUGCUAGAGCCACCAUUGUUUCUCUUAACCCUGAUUUGGCCUUCACAGGACAUAAGGAUGCAUCUGUGAUGAUACAGACCCAAAUUCAGCCAGAUACCCUGCCAGGCAAAGGUGUCCCAUGGUGGGUCAUUCUCCUAGCAGUCCUUGGAGGACUUUUGCUUCUGGUUCUUCUUGCAUAUGCACUAUACAAAGCUGGAUUCUUCCAACGUAAAGAAUAUGAAGAACUGAAAGCACAACAGGCACGUGUUGAACCUGGUGCAGACUAUGGCUCCACCAAUGUAGGUCUUGUUUCAGAUUAAAUUAUCUUUGUCAUAUGGGUUUUUGUGUAUGAUGGACAACAUUUUCAUGUACUACUGUACUGUAGUAAUAAGUAGAGUAAAUGAUGUAUCUUACUUGUUAAUAGGAAGAAACUCUAUAAGAUUGUAUACAAAGGGUACCUUUUAUAUUUUAAGUUGAAUAGUGAAAAAAUAUAACAUGACAGAGACUAGAGCCAUCAGUGGUAUUUGACUUGUAUAUACAGUACGUAUCCAUGACCAGCUAUCAAUACAAAAAUUCUUGAGUAAUUUUUUUAAUAAAUUUUUGUGCAAAUUAUUAUAACCAAAAGGAAUACUGGUGUUGUAAAUACUGUAAAUUAACAUAAUUACAUAAAUUACAGUAAACUCUAUGAUUAUAAAACUCCUCUUUAGUUUUUUAAUAUGACAGAAAAAGUACAUUCAAAAUUGAAUAAUGCAUGUACGUAUUAAUAUUGGUAGAAUUACCUACAAUAAUGCAUACUAUGAAGGCCUUUCCAUGCACUAUUCAGUAUUUAUUUAUUUGCUUUUUCUAAUUGCAUAACAAAAAAAAAAACUUUUGAGCUUUAAAGGAAACCUGACUGUGCUACAAUAUUUAAUAAUGGUAGGACAUCAGUAAACCAAUGUCCUGAAUAUAGCAGAAGAAACCCCAAAACCAACAAGGUUAAAAUAAAAGUUAUUAUACCAGGCAAACUGAUUUGAGUAAAAAAAAUCAAAUUAUAGAACAUUUAGACUAGUGAGUUACUUGCAUUACCAUCCAGAUUUGUGAAAACCCAAACUGCUGGACAGCCAUUGUUUACUCUUUCUGAGUUUACUGCUGCCUCUUUUCACCCAUUUCAUGCAUUUGUCUUUUUUUUUUUUUUUUUUUGGUCUACAUUUUUAGUUUGGAAGUGGACAUAUUGAAGAUAUUUUGGCAAGUAAAUGUGCUAUAUUAAUAUUUUUACUAAUUAUUUUUGGUACCAAUAUAACAUUUUUUAAACAAAUUAUGGUAAAUUAGCAAACUUUGAAAUUCAGUAGUUGUUUGGUCUCAGCCAUGCCAGAUGAUCGAUGUCUUAUUGAAUUAUUUUUGCCAAUAAUAAUAAUAAUAAUAUUAUUAUUAUUAUUAUUAUUAUUAUUAUUGGUGUAUUAUAGAGAAAGUGAACAAUUUGUUACAUCAGUAUAUGUAUAGGAAUUAACUUUUAAAAUCUCAAUAGCAGCAAAUUUUUCCAUAUUAAAUUCAUACCUUAUGACAAAGCAAUCACCAGCAAUCUUACCGAGAUUGGGCUGUGAUUGAAGGACAGAGGAUUGAACCUUCACAACAGAUUGCUCAGAAUGACCCACAUGGGUUUAGCACUUCAUAAUUCAUCACAAGAGUAUUUUUGUGAACUUUAUGAUUUAAUUAGAUGUACCAAUGUGUUUGCACCUAAGCAUUUUUAAAUGAUGGUUAUUGAAUUUGUAAAAAGGAAAAACACUUAAUACUGUAACUACUCAAAAGGGAUGCAAAGUACUGAAUAAUUAUUACAGUAGAUUAUCAUGGAGGCAAAGAGGGGAAUGUAUGAAUGUAGUGGUACCAACAUUCUUAUGUGGGUGUGAAGCAUGAGUUGUGAUUGUUGCUGUGAGGAGGCUGGAGGCAGUGGAGAUGUCAUGUCUGAGGGUAAUGUGUGGCAUAAAUAUUAUGCAGAGAAUUUUUAGUUUGGAGAUUAGGAGGAGGUGUGAAGUUACUAAAACAAGUGUCCAGAGGGUUGAGGAAUGGUUCUUGAGGUGGUUUGGUCAUUCAGAGAGGAUGGAACAAAAUAGGAUGAUUUAGGUGUAUAAAUCUGUAAUGGAGGAAAGGUGGGGUAGGGGUUGUCCUAGGAAAGGAUGGAGGGAGGGGGUAAAGGAGGGUUUGUGUGCAAGGGGCUCUUGGACAUACAGCAGGCAUGUGUGUGUGUGUGUGUGUGUUAAAUAGGAGUGGAGACAUUAUUUUUGGGACUUGACAAGCUGUUGGAGUGUGAUCAAGGUAAUAUUUUGUAAAGGAAUUCAGGGAAACCGGUUAGCCGGACAUGAGACCUGGAGGUGGGAAGUACAGUGCCUGCACUCUAAAGGAGGGGUUUGGGAUACUUGCUGUUUAGAGGGACAUCUAAGUUGUUGUAUCUGUGUGCCUCUGGCAAGACUGAUAAUGUGAAUGAUGGUGAAAGUGUUUCUUUUUUGGGUCACCUUGCCUUGAUGGGAGGUGGCUUGUGUGUUAAAAAAAAACUGAUCAGAGCAUGUUGAAGGCAAGACUUUAUAUCACUACCAUAUUUAUGAGGAAUAGUUAACAUCUUAGGAUACAGUAUUAUAAUUAACAUGAAAAAUCUUGUAUACUGUUACCAGUAAAGAUUUACUAUAGUCAUAUACUAAAAAAAGAAAACUUGAAACAUAUUGGCUGUUCUUAUAAGUUCAGUACAUUGGUAUAGUAUUAUCACUUGAAAGCUGCUCCAACAUUAUAGGAAAAUAGCAUUUUUUUUUUCUUCAAAAUAUCGUAAGUUGUUUUUCUCCUCUUAAGUCAUUCUCAUUCAAAGUUCAGUUGUACAUAACCUUCUCCUUAUUUUGCAUAUAUUUUGUAAUGCAUGAUUUGAUUAAUAAGUUAAAAGUUGAUAAGUUCAUGUGUAGGAGGAAGAAGUCGUAUGCUUCAGUGUAUCUCGAAGAAGUUUCUUUAGUCAGUUAUACCAAAGACUUAAAAUUAGUUUUUCAUUCAUUUAAAUCUUUAGAAUUUGUAGGGAAUAGCCAAUACUAUAUUGAUAUAUUUUUUCAAUAAUGAUGGUAGAAUAUCUUAAGAUGUAUAUAUAUGUUCUAAGGUAAGAAACCUUUGACAUGUUUCUAUCAAGAGAGAAAAGGGAUGAGUAAAAUGCAAAUAUUGUGCACCUAUAAUUUUGUAUGUCUAUACUGCAACAGAAAACUUUUUAUCAUUAUUAAUAUUGCUCAUGUUUACAAAGUACAGCUCAGUAUCACAGUAAUUAUUGAGUUGUCUUGACGAAUUAUAGUAGAAUGUGAACAGAUAGCUCUUCAGAACUUUGAACUUUGCUGUGUAUGGCAGGAAUACUGAGUGCAGUUGCUGAUAUUUCAGUUAUGUUCACUGCCCAUUUAAGAAAUAUAAUUUGAUUGUAAUUAGGGGCACGAUACAUUUAAAAAAAAAUUAUAGUCUGAAAUGUUUAUUUAACCUUUUUUCUUUUCAUGCCUACUUAUGUAGAAAUAAUUUGAUUAUGAUACCUGUAAUAUAUUACCUGAUAAUGAGCAAAAGUUAUAUUGAUUAUUGUUGGGUAAUUUAAAGUAUAAUAUUUAUAUGAUUUAUUAUGACACGUGCUGUGAUCUCUCCACUUUUGUUAUAUUUGUAGUUUAUUUCUUAUUUGUGCCAUAUUUAUCUCAAGGAGUUUAAGUUGUAACUUUUUAUAAUAUGUAUGUACUGUAUAUAUUUUUGUGUGAACACAUAUGUGAAUUUUUUUUUUAUGAUAAUAAAAAUUCUAAUGAUA